GGACCAGGAACUAUCGCAUUUUCUUCUGUCGAGCAUCUGUUCUAGUUCUGUUACAUGAGAUUUAUAGUAAGAAAUUUCAUAAAGUUAUUUUUUUACAUUGGUUACAUAUGACUUGUCAAAGUGAGUCGAGUAUAAAACAUCUGAAGAUAUAAUUAUUCGUCCAUUUGGAUAUCAUCAAGAAACAAGAGCUAUACUAUGUGAAUGUAUCUAGAAUUAAGUGUAACAGACUCAAAUGUGGAUAAAAUGAACGGCUUCAGCACAGGAGAAGAAGAUUCGAGAGAGCCUACCGAACAAAUUUGCUGUUUGAUUGAUAAUGGCCUGAGAUGUAGUGAAAUUGCUGGUAAUGCAUCAUACAGCAAAAGAAUCCAGAAAACCGUCACACAAAGAAGGCUCAAUUUAGCAUUAGAUAACUCGGCGAGGCAUAUUUAUAUCUGUGAUAACCAUAAAAUGAUUAUUCAAAGUGCCAGAACAAAACGAAAGAGAAAAGACUCUGAAGAAGACAGCAAUGAAACUGAUACCGAUGUUCCAGAUGUAGAUCUAUUCCAGUUACAAGUUAACACUUUACGAAGAUACAAGAAGCAUUUCAAAGUUCCCACUAGGCCUGGAAUGAACAAAGCACAGUUGGCUGAUUGUUUGAUGAAACAUUUCAAGACUAUUCCAGUAAAGGAAAAGGAGGUGGUUACGUUGUUCAUUUAUACAGUUAAAACUAACGGUAACAAAUUAGACCAGAAGAAUGGAGUCAAUUCUGAUACAGCAUAAUUAAUAGAUGUAAAUUAAGUGAAAUAUUAUUUUAAUGUAAUUAUAGUAUUUAAUUGUUUAUAUAUAGUGGAUUUAUGGAUAAUUAAAUGAGAAAUCUUAAAAAAUAUUA